AUGGGAAACUCCUCAUCGUCUUCCAGCGGCAAGUAUAAGAAAAUUUCAAGUGGGGAAAGCAAAGCCUCAUCAUCCUCAUCCUCUUCCAAGAACAAGAAGAAGUACCAAAUGGUGGAUUUUGCAUUGCAUGGACCCAAGCACUUACCUCCCAACUGGUGCCAAAAUGAAGAGCAUCAAUAUGCAGUUGCAGCAUGCUUCAUCAAUGGCGUCUAUGUCCUGGAACAUGAACGCAGGCAGGGCCGAUCCAAAGACGAUCAUGUCUUGGCCCGACCGUGGUGGGACUCUUUCGGCUACACCUUGCUCCAAACACUCGUUGACCCCGAUGAGGGCGUGAUCUUUGGAGCAAUUUAUCUCCGUGUGGCCGCCCCUGAAUCGGCUCCUCAAAUGGUUAUGGCCUUCCGGGGCAUGGUCGCCGGUUGGGACGAGAUAUCAGAUCCCAACACGCCAUCUAGCAGCCACAUCUUUUCCAAUACGUUUUCCGGCAUGUUGAAAGUCGCUCUCGCUCUCCAAAACACUGGCUCUUUGGGUUAUUACUCAAAGCAUGGAGGAGCGUGGCUGUGCGGCCACUCCCUUGGUGCAGCCAUGGGGUUGAUCGCCGGGAAGUUCCUGGCAACAUCCGGAACGUACCUGGACACCUUUUUCUUCAACCCCCCCAUCGUUCUGUACUACCUGAGGAAGGGUCAGCUUGAUUUCUAUACAAAAUCUCUGUGGAACGAUCCAAUCGGCCUCAUUGCCUGGAACAUGUUUAUACUCGCUCAUAAGGAAUAUAUAUCAAACGAAGGGGGGAAGGGUUUCGACAAUCUCGUGAAGUGGCAGCCACGGCUGCUAGUGAAUCCCGGGGACUUCAUUUGCAAUGGCUACAUCGACUACUAUGAGGACCGGGACAGCACAAAGGAGGCUUGCCAGUUAGAGCUCAGUCUGCCUUUCGUGAACCCGUCGGCCUGCCUUGUCCUUAAUGUGGGAAGCACGGAAGAGUGUCACGGGAUCAAACAGUGGUGGGACAGAAACUUGAAUGUGGAACGCCGGCCAUAUGUCUGUGUAUCCGAUUAG